UAAUGCUCCCGCCAAAGAUUAAAUAAGAUACGUUAGAGGUGGUGAGCUUGUUGUGAAAGUUAGGUUUUGUAGGGGAGGGGCGGAGGUGUCGAAAGUGCGGUUGCUGGGAGAGGCGGUGUCGGUUGGUUUCCACCCCCACCCCCUUCCCGAUCAUCCCCCUUGUCCCGGUCUCCCUCGGUGCUUCCUGUAACGGUGGCGUCCCAGUCAGUGACAGGCGGAGAGGUAGGGGCGAGGGAAGGUUCCACUCCCGAGUGAUGCAGCUCCCGGAGCGGCGAUGGAGGCGCCGUCUUGGGAUCUCGGGCUUUUCUCGUUCCUGUUGGAGCGUCUCCUCUCCUUCUGCAGCGAGUUCGCCCAGGACUGGAGCAGCAACGACAUGAGGGUUACCAUCUUCAAAAUCCUACUGGGCUGGCUGCUUGGCAGCUUGGUGGCAAUCCACAUGGCCUGGAAGUUUUAUGGGGCUACAGUCAAUGACAUGUACUACAGGCAAGGUAGCGGAGGUCAGAAUGGAGGCACUCCAGACAGCUCUUCAAACUUUACCAGUUGGGACAAUGCCAGUGGCGAAUCAAUUAAAAGUCACAGGGAGUGAAUGAUGUGUGAAACCUGCCUCUGCAACAUGAGGUGGCUUGCUGUGUGGAGUAAAGUUAUUGCGACUCUGGAAUGUUCAAACUUCCGUUGGGUGCUAAACUCUUCAAAAUAUUGUGUUGCACCUGAUGACUUGAAAUGUGCCAUUGUGACUCAGUGCCGUUGUUUUGUUUUUUAUUUUCUAUAAUUCUUUGGCUUUGCUGAGUAUCUGUGGAAGUAUAUGUUGGCACAUGUCAGUUGAAAGGUACCAGAAAUAAAAAUGUUCAUUAUUUUAAUGCUUUGGGCUAACACAACUCCCCAGGAUUCUGAAUAGUGCUGCAAAAUGGAUCUUAUCUGAAGAAGAAAAUGAAUCAGUAUGAUUCUGUUCGAAAAGGGUGAAAUCAAGUAGUGAUGGGUAUCAUUUUAUGAGCCUAGCAGUGGAUCAUCAAAGAACUAACAAGGUUUUAGUAGACAAUGACAUGAUGUUCUGCAGUAAUUUAUCGAGGGCAAACUAAUUUGAAUUGGGUAACAUCAGGGAACACAGAUCCUUCAGCUUAUCUACAUGCUAGUCUAUAAAGUCCAUCAAACUGCUUUCACGUUGAUCCCAAAGUGCAAUGGGAUAGUUUUGUAGAUCCAAAAGAGGUAUUGGUGGGAAUUAAAACAGACCAGUUUGAGUUUGAUAUCCGAAACGCUGUUGUUUUUGUUUUGUCCUCUGUAUACAUGCAAAUAUUGGCAGAACCCAAGAUUAUUUGUGUAUAGACAUGGCCAAUACAGUUCAACUGCAGCAUUAUCAAUGAUGAGAUGGAACGGUCCCUGAAGGAGCUAAAUAAAGUAAAAUAUUUAAAUCUGAGGCAAUUGCUCAGUCUUCCUGUGAACAUAUUAAUUCUUCAUGUUGGGUGCACCUCUGGCAACUGUACGUCCUGAGGAAAGUUAAUGGCCUGUAACCUGUUGGGGAAUGUACAGCUGAUUUCAAGUUAAAUAAUCCAGUUGGUGAAAAACUGAGGAGAUUAUUACAAAUAUCCAGUAUAACAGUUAUUGGGUUGCACAGUUCUGAUGUGCCUGUAUGAUGUUCGAUGAUAGAAUGGUGAACUCAUGUCAGUAACUUCCCCUGCAUAUUAUAUUUCUAAUCUUGAUCUUGCUGUCAGGAAAAAAAAUUUUCAGGAGAAACUUUCAACUGGUUGUAGCCUGUCUCUUUUCUGAAAAACAAAUGACAGCUUGUUUGUAGUGUAUCUUGUGUACCAAUUUGCCUGACUGAAUCAACUUUUCAGGCAUGCUGUGAAGUGAGUGCCCAGAACAUCUGAGAUUCAUCCAUUCAAAUCAGGAUCCCGUGCCUGUUGUAAAGCCCUGGUUUCAACUUUCAAAGAGUACCUGGUGGACUUCACACAGCAUGCAAGUCCUUUUUGGAUAUACUUUAAGAGGCGUCUUUAAAGAAAUGCCCUUUCUGAAAAGGUUUUUUUUUAAAAAGAGUGAUGCUCAGAGAAACAGGAGGGCUUCACUGGAUCUUACAGAAAUAAUGUAGCCCACUAUUGGCCUAUUUCACCAACUCUGUAAACCAGCACACUGACAGGCUUUACUUGCCAGCUGAUGGUUUUUCACUACAGAAAACUAGUAAACUGAACUGGACCCUCUGGUACCCACAACUUAGCUAGAGAAUGUUACUAAGACUCGUAUCAGGACAUGGUUUGUUUUUCCCAACCACCAUGUUCGGUGGACACUGCAUGAGCAUAACCAGUACUCAUAUCCAUUGACAGUCUCAUUGCUUUCCCACAGGAAGAUGAAGAAUUACCUUGGGUUUGUGAAAUACGUUCUGACAGUAAACUCAAGAGUUGGUUUGGAUAAGGCCUUGGUUCAGCUCACCCUGUUCCACAAGGCUUAAGUAACACUCUUCAAUCUGCUGACUGGAUUAUCAUGUACUUACUACUAGCUUUAGCAUUCUGAGGGUGAAAUAGACUUUAUGCACAUAAUGUCUGAGAGAUAGGUGUGCCAUUUCAGAAUUAAUCUUUCUUAAAUUCAAUGAAGACCUGAAAUACUGAAAGUACAAAGUAGACCACAGAAAUAAUCAACUCUAAGUGGAAAAUCAGGACUAGAAACCCACAACUAAAGUCAACUUUCCCUCUCAAAAAAUCAGUAAGGGGUUAAAAUCAAGAAUAUUAUCAUAACAGAAAUAGAUACAUAAUGGUAGACUGUUCAUCUCCAUUUAAUCUUGAUUUUUGUGUCUUAUUUAAAUUCCAAAUAAAUCACAAGUUACAGUUAUGUUUUACUGCAUUUUGGCAAGCUGUCUCCACUUUUUCUUUUUGCCAGGCCCCUCAAAACAAUUAUUUUGGGAAUGGUGAUAUACGGUUGUGUUACAGUAUAGAAGCAUGAUUACCUUGCACAGAAUGGAUAUUUAAGUCCGUCCAAUCUGCAAAUUGAUGAUGUAAUACUGUGUCUUUAGUACCACUGUUUCUUUGCUGUCAUGCUACAUUGUGUAUUUUCAAAACAAAAAUUCUUGAAGGAAAAUUUUAUAUUUCCGUCCGUAUAAAAGGCCAUCUAAGUUGAGAGCAGCUAAUGAAGUGUAUACCAAGCAAUUUACCUUUGUUUUUCAACAGUGUACCAAAAUAAGAACUGAAGUUUAACAUAUAAACAGGCAUCUUUUGUUUGCAUAUUGCUGAAAAAAAGUUAGUAAAAUCUCUAGGACCAAACAAAGUAUCAUAAUAAGAUUUCUAAUUUUAUGAUGCUCAGUAUGAACCUUGAUGUUUUACAUUGUACUUGCAUUUCUAUUGUACUACAUUCUUUUCAGUUAGGUCCAGUGAUACAAUGUGACAGGGCUUGAUUCUAAGUUUACAAGAUAGUACAGCAGUCAUGAAAAUAGAUCAUUUGCUAUUUAUUCCUUAUUCAGUAACAGGUGGCAGUGAUUACUCUGACAGAUUAUGCAAAGCUGGUUGGUAUGUGAAUAGAGAGAGUAUGUAAUGAGACAGCCUUGACAAAAAGUUAGUUGUUCAAAUUUGACUUAUUCCCUCUAUCCCAAACCUAAAGCUGAGGAUUCUCUUCUCUAUACUGUCUAGACUGAGCUUUCCUGAGGAACACAGCCCUUUUAGUUGUAUGAUGAAGUGCACACCAGUGCAUUGACAAAUAACUUUUCCUUGAACUAAAUGCCAUUGGUAUCCUUGAAUAGUUGUGCUUAGGUAAAGCCAGCUUUCAGUAAAAUGUAAGUGUUGUGUUUGAUUUCAAAAGAUAAUUGGAGACAUAAUAGCACAAUAAUCCUUCUGAAGAUUUAUUAGUGACAGGUGAAAUAUAAUGUAACUUUUAUUGUUACAUACCAGGAGUGAUCAGAAUUCAAAAUGUGGUGGAAUGAAAGAGACUACAUAUUUUAAUCCAAUUUACAAGUGUUCAUCCAGAUGUAAUGUUCAUUCAUGGGAUGAUUUUUCCUUCCCUUACACCCCCUGCACACAACCCCACCCCCACACCCACAAAAGACCCCUUUGAAAAUUAUGUUGAGUUCAGUUGGAACUUUUAUUAAUCUGAUCAUUCAGCUCAGAGAAUAGAAAACUUCUACUGCCCUGGCUAUCAUUUAAAAAUAUAUAAUGUAGGUGAGCAGUUACUAUGGGUAGAGCUGUAUGUUGGCCCCACUACAGAAAUUACAACCUAGAGUCUGCUGUUUCUCGCACAUUAAGCCAAUUCUCCAUCCAACAUGCCCCUGAUGUUAUGAUUUUAGAUCAGUGUUGCGUCAGACAUUGCUAACGUUUGUCUGUAUCAAAGGACAUGGAUUCUGUAUCACUGGCCUCUCAGAACUGACUGUUUAUGAUAGAAAAACUACCACCUUGCCAUUUUAUGUUGUAGCAAUAGAUUAUGAUGGAAGAGUUUUUUUUAUUAAAUAGUUACAUGAAGCUAUUCAUUUUUCUUCUCUAUCCCUUUUUUAAAACUAACUUCUUUCAUGUUUUUCCCUCCCUGAAACAGAUGGCCUUUAGCACCUGGUACUUUGCCUGAUUUGAAGUUGUUGAGUGUUAGUCCUCGUAUAAAUGAAAGUUGAAGGAUAAUGUGAGAGAAUAUCACAACCAUGCUUUAUCCUGAUUUUACUUGUAAUGAAUUUCUCUCGCUUAGAUUUUCUUCAAAGUAUCGUAUGAUUUCCUAGUACAAUCCCCUACCCCAAUGCCCCAGCCAAGAGGUCAAUUAUAUGAUACCUUCAGCGGAGCAAGCAGACUUGGUUUGUCUUGGAUUCCACGGCUCAUUAUCACAGUAUUAGGUAUUUUAUAUUGUUUAAUACAGGAAAGCCCCACACAACCACUACACAGCCGCAUUGUUUCAUUUUCUUUCCCUUUUAAAGUACCUUUUAGCUCUUCAUCAUAACAUGUCCAAGGAGAAAGGUGUUUUGGGACUUCUAAUAAAGCCUCCAUUAACAGGAUGCUAGUGUGUGUGCAGUCCAGGGAGACUGGUUCUUAUUUAUUUCUCUACCUCUCUACUCUGAAAGGAAGUGCUUGAUCUCUGCUUGUCAAUUUUUUUUGCAGCAGCAACCAGAUUAGUCACUCAGUACUUGCACAUAGUGUGAUUAUGAUGCUACCAUGUUGCAUAAGUUGUUUUUUUGGACGUUUUCUUUACCCCACUGGUAAUUCUUAGCAAAUGGUUCAGUAAAGGUUGCUCACAAAAAUGGUUGAAAUAAAAAAAGUAGAUUUACUUUUGGAUUUCAGACAAGCAGCCAUAUUUUUCAGUUUUUGUGCAAACGUUUUCCAUGAAUGCAAGGGUAAUUUAUUUGUUUACUGAUCCCCUUUCAACUGCAGCGUUGAUACACCAUUGCUAUAUUGCAGUUUAAAAAAAAGCAACUUUGGAUUUUGACAGCUGUUUGCCAAAAGUUAGUCUCAAAUUCCAAGAGACCCUGGAAUAAUUGUACUGAAGUAAUUUAUGCAUUUUUCUAAUAUAAAUAUUUUGUACAUAAACAGUAGAUUUUGUAAAUCACAGUAAUCCUUAAAUUGGAUAGCCUUUGUAAACUUGUGCCCCCAAAGUUGAUUAACUCUAUUUAUGUUGGAAAUGUAAAGGUUUCCUGACUGCUGUACAUUGGAAAAACUGCUGUAUGUGUGUAUAUAUGUAUAUUUAUCCUUAAUUUUGUUUUGGGAGGGACUGUACUAGGUUGUUUUUAAUUGUAUAAAAGGAGUUGCAGAAACAAAA